AUGAAUAUUGAAGCAGAAGAUGACGAUGAUUUAUUGAAUGAGUUAGACCAUGAAUUGAAAAAUACACAAACAAGUAAAGUUAGUUUCAAAAAGAAAUCUUUCAACAAGCCACAAAAAAUCCAACGAAACAAACUACUGUUCAAUAUUGAUGAUGAAGAGGAGGAUGAAGAGAAGGAGGGACAUGAUGGAGAGAAGAAUAACAUCAAUGAGCUAAAACCUGUUCCAAGCAAAGGAGCAUCGUUACUUCGAUUCAACCCACGAACUAAAUUUACAAAAGAAAAAUCAUCAGAAACAGAACAACCAGUUAAAAAACCAAUCAAUUUAUCAAGAUAUCAAAUUGACACCAAGACCACAACUACUACCGAUAAUGCUGAUCAAGAAAUUAUACCAUUUGAGUUGGAUGAAGAGGAUCCUGAAAAUAAUCCAGUAAUCACCAAUAUAGAUGAUCUCAAUGAUGAAGAUAAUGAAGAGUUUGCUAAACUAAAAUCAAAGCUAAUUGCCACCACCACCACAUCACAAAUUUUUAAUCACUCUGAAGUCUUAACUUCUGCUAAUAAAGAUACACCAAAACGAUAUGUACCAAUAGAAACCAAUCGUGUUCCAGAAUCCCUGAAAUUAUCAAUUCGACAAUAUACCAAGGCUUUAGUGAACGAAUAUAAAGAUGACAAGAAUUAUGAUGAUGGAACAGAACGACAAAACCAAGAAGAUCAAGAUCUACUUUUGCAUGAUAUCAAUGAUGGCGAUAUAGAAUUGAAUGAUGAAGAUAUGGGGAUAUUAAAUAUUGGUAAACGUGCUAAUUUUGACGACAAUAAGUUUAAUUUUGAAAUACAUAGUGAUGAUGACGAUGAAAAAGAAGAAAGUGAUGAUAGACUACAUAGUGAGAAUGAGAGUAAUGACAAUGGUAAUAUAGAUUUCAGGAUACCAACUGUUGAAGAACAAAUUAUGAAAAUCAACGGAUUAAUUAAACAACUUGAAGUCACAAAAUCAGAAAAACAGAAACUUGUUCAAAAUCUUAAGAUUGAACGAGAUGAAUUAACCGAAACAAAACUGGAACUACUAGAGAAAUUAAAUAAUUUGGUUAUUUAG